UUCAGGUAGCGUCUCAGAUAAUCCGUCAUCAACAGAUGUGCCGAUUCACGGGGACGAGCACAUUAUUUUGUCAAGAACACUUUAGGUUGCCAGUUUUUUAUAUAAAGGGCUGCAGCCCUAAUAGAGGAUAGAAUAUCAAUAUGGCUUCAUCAGCUACGUGCUCUGACCACUCAAACACAUGCCCAGUUUGCCUUGACCACUACGACUUGACAAAACGUGUCCCCAAGUUUCUGUCGUGUCACCACACUGUGUGCUUGUCGUGUGUCCAGCAGCUGAAGGGGCUGUACAAGUUGUCAUGUCCGGUCUGUAGAGAGAGCACCUGUCUCCCCAUGGGUGGCCCUGAGAAAUUGCAGACAAACUUUUACCUUAAAGUUGACAAUGAGGAAGGAUGCCUAAAACACAAGAAUCAGCCAUAUUUGUUCUACUGCGCCACCCACAAAACCCUUGCUUGCCAAGCGUGCACCAUUUUAGACCACAAGGAGUCCAAGCAGUGCGAACUGCAAGACCUUGAGCCAGCAUUGAAAGCAACAAAAAUGAGACUUAGAGAAAAACUUAGUGUUUUACAGACCAAGAAGGGUCACCAGAGUGGUAUUUUAUCGGAUGUAAAUAAAAAGAUGGAGUUUUUAAAUGCAAGUAAGCAAAGCGCAGAGAGGGCCAUAGACACAACUUUCCAUCAGUAUUUAAGUGUCAUCAGGAAAUAUCAGCAGACAACGAAAGAAAAUCUGCAACAGUCUUUCACUCAAAAACAUAAGACUCUCAGUAAAAAGGCCAGAGCAGCAGAGACACUUAUUGAUGAGUUGGAAACACAUAUUUCCGAAAUUGAAGAUGCUUUACACAAAAAUUGCAUUUCAACUGCAGUUGCUGUGGAAGCAGGUCUUCAUGACGACACCGAUGCGACUAAGACUGGUUCUCUUUUACCCAAAAGGGCUUCAAAUGAAAGUUGGCUAUGCUUUAAAACAAACUCUCAGACAAACCUUUCACAGCUUGAAACUUUUCUCCAAUCUGCUGGGCAGAUCCAUUAUAUACCAUUGCCAAAAGUCGUUUUCACAGAAAAACCAGAGAAUGUCCAAAAAUCAGACAAACCUCCGUCGAUUUCUUUCAAAAUAACCCACGGGACAUCAGACGUUGAGGUAGACUAUUCGCAUUUGUUGCAAGUUUACAUUAAAAAACCAAGUGGGAAAAGACUGAAGGCUAAAAAACUGUCGUGUCUUGGCAAUGGUGACUAUCGUGCCCUCUUUCCGAGAGACCUGCUCUACGAGGGUGCAUAUUCAGCAGAGGUCACUCUUGCUGACGAAAGACUGGAAGAUGGACUAGUUACAUUUUCUGUUAAAUAAUAGGGCAAAAUAAUUCAACAUUGAAGGAAUACCAUAAUAGCAAAAUUAGUGGGAUUGCUAGCAUAUGUGUAAUAGGCCUACUGUCUUAAAUACCACUGAAUAACUGCAAAUACCUUUUUUCUGUUAGUUAUCCAGAAUUGAUUUAAUUUAGGUUUUCAGAAUUUCGAAUUCAUUUGCGCAUUAUUAUUAUUUUUUUUUUUUACGCGUAAUACAUUGAGUUCUUUGAUUUGUUUCCGUGGAAAUUUUUUUCUACGAAUAUACAGAACAAUGUGGUAACAACAGGAAAAAGUCCCUCCUUUGUCUAAAUAUCUCCUUUUGUUCAAAAUUGAAACAUGGAACUGGAAUUUGAACAUGACAAUUAGAUAAGUUUAGAAAGUUUAAUAUACAAAAAGUUUAUUAUAACAGUUGUGAUGCUGAUCAUGCGUAAGGUUUUUCGGCAGUGGAGUCCCUGAAAAUAUGAAUAUCUGUCACUAUGUCAGUAAGUCCAGUUGGCACGGUGAAUCUAAAUUACACUGUAGUUUAAAUUCAACAUUGUUUUGUUUUAAAAGCCAUUUUCUGUCAAACAUUAUCUAACAGAUGUGAUGACGUUAACUGAAAUUGACUGUUCUAUGUGCCACUGUGCCAAGUAAUGCAUGCGAGGAUUGAUUGAAUUUCCUCUUGAAAACCUUUGCUUUACGCCCAGAGGCAACGCGCUGGAUGAAACAAUCUACAGUGUACUCGGUGUAUUGACAUAUAGACUAAUACACACAGCAACUAUCAGGGUAUGUCUUCCAGGAACCAUAUAUUGUUAUUAUAGAUCAAACAGAAGCUGUUAAUGAAUAAACA